AAAGGCACGCAAUCUCCAAAUGCUAACAUAAGUUAUACGAAGGCCAUCAUGGACUGGUCAUCCUGGUUCCGGCGAACUCUGCUGAAAGAUGCGAAUAACCCCAAAAUCUCCGAUCCAGCUAAACCAUCCUCGAAGAAGAAGCGAAGCCAAACCGAAGAAGAUUUAGAGCAAUAUGGAAUGACGCAGCAAUUGGUCGACUUGGUCAAGACCUUCACCGUAGACACUUUCAAGAACUUCCAUCUUCAAGAUGACGGCAUGGCUGGUGCUGAAUCUGGCACCGCGGGAACUGCUCCAGCAUGCAGUGUGAGGAAGGAUCUUUCUGAGUGGCAGGAAAGACAUGCGUACCUUGUGCUCUCUAACGUUAAGGAGAUGUCCCAACUGCGGUAUAUGCUAUGUCCCCGACACAUGAAGGAGCGGCAAUUUUGGCAAAUAUAUUUUGUGCUUGUCAAGAGCCAUAUAGCUGAAUAUGAGCAGCGGGCGAUACAACUAGCAAGAGUGAAGGAAAUGAGGAUUGGGGUUGACAAAUCUUCCGACGGCAAUUCAUGUGAAGUUGAAAUGUCUGAAUCGAAGGUGGCAUCGAGUUCACCACCUGGAAGUCCUUAAUCCCGCGAAUUAGUUUCUAAAUGAAAGUGUAACCGAGCAGCUGGAAAAGAUCCUGCCAACAGGAUGAACUUUGGAGAUAACAGAUGCACCAGAAAAAAUCAAUGCGCAUCUUGUCGGAAUCAACUUAAAGAGACUGAAAGCAUUUUUAGACCUCCAAAUCAAAAGUGAGUCAUAGUCUGAUGCUGAUGAUAUGUACUAACAAGUGCUCCUCUAUAGUCCUGUAGCAGAAAAUGUACGAAAGCCAAAAUGAGUAGUUAAUAUUAGAGCUAGCUUGUAAUGGCUUGCUCGCCCCUUGCUAAGCUGUAAUUACUCGCUAAGCUCCUUUAUUUCACAUGUUCUCAAUAUCUUAUGUGAUAAUGUCACAACAUUGUCCAAUACAUGGCUUAGCUUGUUGAUUAGCGGGCACAAGCUACGCGAUUCUGAAGUAUAUGGAAAAUGCAGAUCCAAUGUAGCAUUUUUUUCGCCA